GCCCCGCAAGGCCCUUGGGUCACCCUCCCUUCCCGCCGGGGACAGCCACGGCCGCGGGGCCGGGGCAGCCGCGCAGCCCCCGGGAGGGAGCAGGGGCGGGACGGAAACGCGUCACCAGCGGCAGGGCCGGUGCCCGGGAUGGCGGCGGUGCUCGCGCUCCGGCUGGCGGCCCGGCGGCUGGGCCUGCGCGCGCCGCCCCGCAGGACGCUUUCGGGAAGCCUGAGCAGGAAGGACGGAAAAGAAGGAGAAGCUGAGAAAACAGUUGCUGAAGAGAAGUGCGAGCCCAGUGUGGUCUGUCCCCCGCCGCGCAGCAGAAGCUAUCAGCCCCCGGGGGAUGUGCAGAACUUCAUCCACUCUCUCGUCAAGGAGGUGUUUGGACCCUCACUUCCUGAGAACUGGCAGCAGACACCCCUUGAUGACAUGAGGUUAAAGUUUCGCCUCCUGGCCCAUCUGGCAGCAGAGCUCGGUCACACUGUCCCCAAUUCCCAGCUCCACCUGAUGCGCAGCGCUGGGGAUGUCCUGGAUUUCUACAGCACUCCUGUGAAGGAUGCCUCCAAGUUUGACGAACUGUGUGCGGCAAAGCUGCCCCCCAACCUGAAGAUCAUCUGGGAGCAGUGAGUCCCCACCAGGCAGCACCUGGCUUUUGCCUUUCAGAGGCACAGCUGCGGUGCAGGAGUAGAGCCCCUGUGGUGGUGACUGCGUGUAUGAGUGUCACUGAUUAAAGUACGUUUAGUUGUC